UCGUGUUAGGGGUGUGUGUGGGGGGGUGGGCGUGAGCGGGCGCGCGGCCCGGGAGUUCGCGCGCGCGCGCGCGCGGGAGAGAUUGGCGCCGCGGCCUGGGACAAUGCGCGUGCGCUACUCCGGCGGCUGUGCUGGGCCGGCAGGCACCUGGGUUACCCAACCGGUGGGGUCCGGGCCACCCGGACUGGACUUGCAGCUGGUCAUGGCCGGAAGUGCCAGGGAAUUGUUGGCGGGGGCGAGGCUUGAUGUGGGGAGAGACCCCGCCGCCUGGAUUGGACUGACCGGAAACGGCGGCCCAUGGGACCCAGAUAUGGAGCUUCGGGAAGAAGCUUGGUCUCCGGGGCCACUGGAUUCCGAGGACCAGCAGAUGGCCAGUCAUGAGAACCCAGUGGACAUCCUCAUCAUGGAUGAUGACAAUGUUCCCAACUGCCCUCUCCAUAUCAAGCUGUCCCCAACCCAGUCUGCACCUCCUCCUGGGCCCCCGCCCCGGCCGCGGCCGCCAGCACCCUACAUCUGCACUGAGUGUGGCAAAAGCUUCAGCCACUGGUCGAAGCUGACACGACACCAGCGCACGCACACAGGCGAGCGGCCCAACGCCUGUACCGACUGCGGCAAGACCUUCUCGCAGAGCUCGCAUCUGGUACAGCACCGGCGCAUCCACACAGGCGAGAAGCCAUAUGCCUGCUCAGAGUGCGGCAAGCGCUUUAGCUGGAGCUCCAACCUCAUGCAGCACCAGCGCAUCCACACGGGCGAGAAGCCUUAUACUUGCCCCGACUGCGGCCGCAGCUUCACACAGAGCAAGAGCCUAGCCAAGCACCGGCGCUCCCACAGUGGUCUAAAGCCCUUCGUGUGCCCGCGCUGCGGCCGUGGCUUCAGCCAGCCCAAGAGCCUGGCACGCCACCUGCGGUUGCACCCAGAGCUGUCAGGGCCAGGUGUGGCAGCUAAGGUGCUGGCAGCCAGCGUGCGGCGCGCCAAGGCACCGGAGGAGGCCACAGCAGCGGACGGCGAAAUCGCCAUCCCAGUGGGCGAUGGCGAGGGCAUUAUUGUGGUGGGCCCGCCAGGGGAUGGUGCUGCAGCGGCCGCGGCUCUGGCUGGGGUGGGGACGCGGGCAACGGGGACACGGUCGCGCAGGGCGCCGGCGCCCAAGCCGUAUGUGUGCAUGGAGUGCGGGAAGGGUUUUGGGCACGGGGCUGGGCUGCUGGCCCACCAGCGCGCUCAGCAUGGGGAUGGGCUCGGGGUAGCGGUUGGUGAGGAGCCUGCACACAUCUGCGUGGAGUGUGGUGAGGGCUUCGUGCAGGGUGCCGCGCUGCGGAGACACAAGAAGAUCCAUGCAGUUGGGGCGCCUUCGGUCUGCAGCAACUGCGGACAGAGUUUCUAUCGGGCUGGUGGAGAGGACGAUGGAGAGGACCAGUCGGCUGGUGCGCGGUGUGCUGAAUGUCGGGGUGGGGAGGCCCGGUAGGGACGGGGAGGCCCGGGGGGUGGACAGGGCCCCUCGGGCUCAGUGGGAACUACCAGUGUGCAAGACCACGAGGGAGGCCCAGAGAGAAUCAGACCGAAAGGAGCAGCGGCCUUGUCUCUCUCCUUCCUUACUCCGUGCUGUUCUGGGUGUGAGGGGACCCGCAACUAUUGGGUUCUCAGGACUGUCCACAGCCUCUCUGCUGACCCACCCUACCGCCUGGUGGGCUGGCUCUUUGUAGGUUCCCAUUCUGGGAGCCAGAGACUGAGAGAACUGCAAGGAUCAAUUGGCACUAGACCCUCAAGGGAAAGACCACCCCCACUACAGGUGUUGGGCUGAGAUGUCAUAAGGAAUGGAGGGAAUCCUGGCCUUAUGCAUCGAAAGGGCUUCCUUCCCUUCUAGAAGUUUCUUUUAAUCAUACCGUUUGACCCGUCCCAUCCAUUAUUUUUUCUGACCCAUGAGUCCUAAUCAAUUUUCUAGCCCAAGUCGUUCCUCUUCCUCCUGGAUUUGCAGUAGCAGAGGCGUGAAGUAGCCUCCUGUUCCCAGCACGUCCCAGCACGGUCUUAUUGAGAGGAUGGGGUCCUGUUUUUUCCCUGUCAUGGCAGUGGAAGAAGGGAUGUGGGGGCAAUAAAUGGCAUUAUUCAAUUGUCCCA